AUGACUAAUCAAUGUUUAAAUCAUCAAAGAUCACACGAAUUCAUUUGUUAUCAAUGUAAUAGUUUGAUGUGUUCAAAAUGUAUCACCAAUCACAGCAAAGAUCAUCCUGAUCAUUCCGAUCAAUUUGAACAUAUCGAUGACAUCAAGGAUUCAUUGAGUACAUUGAAAUUAGAUGAUAUUAUUGACACCACCACAACAACAACAACUAAUACAGAAAAGAAUGAAAUCAAAGAACACUUUGAACAAUUACAUCAAUAUCUAAUCAGAGAAGAACAUAAACUACAAAGAGAUAUUAUCAAUGAUAAACAUACAAUCACAAAUCAAAUCGAUAAUAAUAUAAAUCACUUGAAAUAUGCAUUAAAUAUUAUAAAUAUAUUUUAUAAAUUAAAUAGUAAUAUUAGUAAUGACACUAAUAAUGAUGAUAAAAAUAAUAGUAUAAGUCUUAGUUGCUAUGAUCAAUCAAUAAUUGCAGAUACAACAACAUUAUAUUCAAUAACAACAAUUAUGGAAUCAAUUCGAUCAAGUUCAUCAUUACAAUCAUUUGUCAAUGAUAACAAUCAAACAUUGUUUUAUGAUAAAAAUAAUAAUUAUUUCAAUAUCGAUGAACUUCUCGAACAACAUUCCAAUUCAUCAACAUCAUUAUUAUUAGAUAUCAUUUAUAAAUACAACAAUGAAUUCAAUGAAUCAACAACAAACACAGACAAUAAUAACUUAACAUUAUCAUCAUAUAAAUUAUCAAUCAAACAACCUGAUUUCAAUCAAUUGAAUUCAAUCAUUGAACAAUCAAUCAAACUUGAUAAGAUUGGAUCAAAUGAAUCAAUAGAUACAAAAACAACAACAAGCAACAAUGAUAAUAAACAAUCUUAUAUUUUCACAACACCCAACUUAUUGAUUAAACAACAAUUGGAAUCGACCACUGUCGAGACCGAUAUUACAAAGUACUUAUCUGAAAUCGAUAAACUUGAAGGUUAUCUAAGAGCUGCUAGAAAGAUGAUCAAAUGUCACAGAGAAAAAGAAAAAGAAUUUGAAGCUAAAGAGGAAAAGAUUGCAGUUCAGGAAGAAUACAUUGUCAAGCUUGAAAUGAGACUCGCAGAAAAGGACGAGAGAGUCGACAGCCUGGCUAAGCAGAUCAAAGAAGGAAAGGAAGCUCAGGAAAGAGAGUUGAAUCUUAUUUUAACUGCUUUUUCGAAUACUGGUGUAGAGUUUGAGAGAAGAUUAAAGAACAGUGAUAAGAAGCUUUUUCUUCUGAAAAAACAAGAGACUGAUCAGGAGAAUUAA